AUGAGUAGGAGUGACCGAGCUAACAAAGCCCUAGUUCAGCCUAUUGUGGGUUUUCGUAUUUUCAAAUUUAUUUUUAGACUGUUAUUUAUGAAAACACCAGUUCAAAUCUGGCUCUAUGAACAGAGUAAUAUGCGAAUCGAAGGCAGGAUUGUUGGUUUCGAUGAAUACAUGAACCUCGUUCUGGUGGAAGCCUGCGAAAGACAUAUGAAGUCUGGGGCCAAGAAAAUGAUUGGUCGUAUCCUCCUUAAGGGUGAAACUAUCACUCUUAUUCAAAAGCUUCCUCAAUAG